AUGGCCCCUCAAUUCCUUACGGGCAAAGUUUGCGCCAUAACAGGCGGCGUAACUGGUAUAGGCCGUGCCAUUGCUCUGGCCUACAUCUCCCACGGUGCUCGCGUCGCAAUCAACCACCUCGGCGAUGGCUCCUCAUCCAACCACUUCAAGAGCAUGCUCGCCGAGAUCGCAAGCUCCAACAAAGAUAUAAAAGCAGAAGACGUGUUGAUUGAAGUACCGGGAAACAUCAGCACACAAGAUGUCGCUAUAGAGCUCAUUACAAAAACGGUAGCGCGAUGGGGACGGCUUGACGUCUUCGUGAGCAACGCGGGGAUAUGCCAGUUUGCGGAGUUCUUGGAUAUUACCUCUGAUCUUUUCACCUCGACUGUCUCCACAAAUCUCACUGGCGCCUUCUACGCAAUCCAAGCCGCUGCGCGUGCCAUGUCCACACAAUCACCUCGCGGUGGCUCCAUAAUCGGGAUAUCAUCCAUUAGUGCCUUGGUUGGGGGCGCGCAGCAAGGCCAUUAUACGCCCACGAAAGCUGGGGUCCUCUCCUUGAUGCAAUCUUCCGCCUGCGCAUUGGGGAAGUACAACGUACGGUGCAAUGCGCUGCUGCCCGGCACGGUCCGUACGCAGCUGAAUGAAGUAGAUUUAGCGGAUGACGGUAAGAGGAAGUACAUGGAAGGUAGAAUACCCUUAGGAAGGACAGGAGAGCCCCGUGACUUGGCCGGGCCGGCAGUGUUUUUGGCAAGCGAGGAGUUGAGUGGAUAUGUGACUGGUGCACAACUCCUCGUCGACGGUGGUCUCUUUGUGAACCUCCAAUAACUGCGCAACUUCGCCGAGUAUAUAUCUCAGUUCAAUCCGAAAAGCCUUCUAUCACUUAGC